CAGAAUAAUUUGAAUAAUUAACAGUGGAAAUGUUUGAUUUAAAAUAUUUAAGGAGGUUUAUAUAGAAAUGUACUUAAACCUACCCUGAGAAAUAUGUGACAACAUGCUCUGGUCUUUCCUAUCUAAUGUUUUAACUAGUCUUCUAUUGUUUCAUUUCAAACCAAACAAACUUACAUUUCUUUAAAAUUGCUUUGAUAUAUUUUUUCUAACUUUUAACUGUGUUCUAACUUUUUGUGUUGUGAGCGAACAGUUCAUCAUAAAGACAUUUUUUUUAAAUGUUCAGCCAUCUUACCUGAGCCGCAUGCUCACUCCUUUACAUCAGGUGGCGCUGUAAACAACGUGAUUCAUAUACGAGCAUCGACACGUCACAUGUCCACGUGUGAGAAACCCGGGUGUUUUAGAGCUCCUUGCUUCAACCACGAAUCCAAUAAUCCCUAAAUGGAGUUUUCAGAGGAGAAUGUGAGAAUCCCGUUCGAGCAGAAGGAGCUGGACGGUGUGUUUACGGUCCCUGCUGACGUCAGCGCGGGACAUUGCACAGCUGUGGUGUUGACGCACGGCGCGGGGGGAGACAUGCGCACCAAACAGCUGGAGAGCCUCGCGCACGCUCUCGCCCGGUCGGGCGUUCUGUGUCUGCGAUUCACCUGCAGGCCGCCGAACUUUCUGUACAGAAUCAGAGCUUAUAGCGCCGUUGUAGAGUACAUAAAGACCCAUGAGAGAUAUGCACCAAACAGCCUUUUCUUGGGAGGACGCUCUAUGGGUGCUCGUACAGCUGUUGCUGUGUGUAAACGUAUGUGUGAAAGGGAGAAGGAUGCAGUUCAAGGUGUUCUGUGUUUGUCAUUCCCACUGAAUGUACCAGGAAAACCACAGACAUAUGUUGAGCGGAGCCAUGGCCUGCGUGCACUGUCCCAAACUGCUGUGCUGUUUGUUUCUGGCACUGCAGAUAACAUGUGUCAAGAGAAUCUUCUACAAAAUGUUAUGCAUGUCAUGAAAAGCCCUUCUGCUGUUCACUGGGUCAAGGAUGCGAACCAUGGACUCACAGUACGUGGCAGAACAGAAGAAUCUAUACUGGAGGAAGUAAAUUCACAGAUUAUUGCAUGGGUACUACAACACAAAUGAAAUCAAUCUUUAUAAAUAGAUAAAUAUGGUUAUUACUGUUUGGAUGAAAGAAGAUGGUGAGCUGUUGACCCUAACCCUCUGUACAUAGUUACCGUAUGUUAACUGUUUUGUGUUACAGAUUAUGAAAGAAUAAUAAAGAACAUAAUUAUAUU